AUGGCGGUUAGGGAGAGAAGCAUGGCGGUUAGGGAGAGAAGCAUGGCGGUUAGGGAGAGAAGCAUGGCGGUUAGGGAGAGAAGCAUGGCGGUUAGGGAGAGAAGCAUGGCGGUUAGGGAGAGAAGCAUGGCGGUUAGGGAGAGAAGCAUGGCGGUUAGGGAGAGAAGCAUGGCGGUUAGGGAGAGAAGCAUGGCGGUUAGGGAGAGAAGCAUGGCGGUUAGGGAGAGAAGCAUGGCGGUUAGGGAGAGAAGCAUGGCGGUUAGGGAGAGAAGCAUGGCGGUUAGGGAGAGAAGCAUGGCGGUUAGGGAGAGAAGCAUGGCGGUUAGGGAGAGAAGCAUGGCGGUUAGGGAGAGAAGCAUGGCGGUUAGGGAGAGAAGCAUGGCGGUUAGGGAGAGAAGCAUGGCGGUUAGGGAGAGAAGCAUGGCGGUUAGGGAGAGAAGCAUGGCGGUUAGGGAGAGAAGCAUGGCGGUUAGGGAGAGAAGCAUGGCGGUUAGGGAGAGAAGCAUGGCGGUUAGGGAGAGAAGCAUGGCGGUUAGGGAGAGAAGCAUGGCGGUUAGGGAGAGAAGCAUGGCGGUUAGGGAGAGAAGCAUGGCGGUUAGGGAGAGAAGCAUGGCGGUUAGGGAGAGAAGCAUGGCGGUUAGGGAGAGAAGCAUGGCGGUUAGGGAGAGAAGCAUGGCGGUUAGGGAGAGAAGCAUGGCGGUUAGGGAGAGAAGCAUGGCGGUUAGGGAGAGAAGCAUGGCGGUUAGGGAGAGAAGCAUGGCGGUUAGGGAGAGAAGCAUGGCGGUUAGGGAGAGAAGCAUGGCGGUUAGGGAGAGAAGCAUGGCGGUUAGGGAGAGAAGCAUGGCGGUUAGGGAGAGAAGCAUGGCGGUUAGGGAGAGAAGCAUGGCGGUUAGGGAGAGAAGCAUGGCGGUUAGGGAGAGAAGCAUGGCGGUUAGGGAGAGAAGCAUGGCGGUUAGGGAGAGAAGCAUGGCGGUUAGGGAGAGAAGCAUGGCGGUUAGGGAGAGAAGCAUGGCGGUUAGGGAGAGAAGCAUGGCGGUUAGGGAGAGAAGCAUGGCGGUUAGGGAGAGAAGCAUGGCGGUUAGGGGGAGAAGCAUGGCGGUUAGGGGGAGAAGCAUGGCGGUUAGGGGGAGAAGCAUGGCGGUUAGGGGGAGUAGCAUGGCGGUUAGGGAGAGAAGCAUGGCGGUUAGGGAGAGAAGCAUGGCGGUUAGGGAGAGAAGCAUGGCGGUUAGGGAGAGAAGCAUGGCGGUUAGGGAGAGAAGCAUGGCGGUUAGGGAGAGAAGCAUGGCGGUUAGGGAGAGAAGCAUGGCGGUUAGGGAGAGAAGCAUGGCGGUUAGGGAGAGAAGCAUGGCGGUUAGGGAGAGAAGCAUGGCGGUUAGGGAGAGAAGCAUGGCGGUUAGGGAGAGAAGCAUGGCGGUUAGGGAGAGAAGCAUGGCGGUUAGGGAGAGAAGCAUGGCGGUUAGGGAGAGAAGCAUGGCGGUUAGGGAGAGAAGCAUGGCGGUUAGGGAGAGAAGCAUGGCGGUUAGGGAGAGAAGCAUGGCGGUUAGGGAGAGAAGCAUGGCGGUUAGGGAGAGAAGCAUGGCGGUUAGGGAGAGAAGCAUGGCGGUUAGGGAGAGAAGCAUGGCGGUUAGGGGGAGAAGCAUGGCGGUUAGGGGGAGAAGCAUGGCGGUUAGGGAAGAAGCAUGGCGGUUAGGGGGAGAAGCAUGGCGGGAGAGAAGCAUGGCGGUUAGGGAGAGAAGCAUGGCGGUUAGGGAGAGAAGCAUGGCGGUUAGGGAGAGAAGCAUGGCGGUUAGGGAGAGAAGCAUGGCGGUUAGGGAGAGAAGCAUGGCGGUUAGGGAGAGAAGCAUGGCGGUUAGGGAGAGAAGCAUGGCGGUUAGGGAGAGAAGCAUGGCGGUUAGGGAGAGAAGCAUGGCGGUUAGGGAGAGAAGCAUGGCGGUUAGGGAGAGAAGCAUGGCGGUUAGGGAGAGAAGCAUGGCGGUUAGGGAGAGAAGCAUGGCGGUUAGGGAGAGAAGCAUGGCGGUUAGGGGGAGAAGCAUGGCGGUUAGGGGGGGAAGCAUGGCGGUUAGGGAGAGAAGCAUGGCGGUUAGGGAGAGAAGCAUGGCGGUUAGGGAGAGAAGCAUGGCGGUUAGGGAGAGAAGCAUGGCGGUUAGGGAGAGAAGCAUGGCGGUUAGGGAGAGAAGCAUGGCGGUUAGGGAGAGAAGCAUGGCGGUUAGGGAGAGAAGCAUGGCGGUUAGGGAGAGAAGCAUGGCGGUUAGGGAGAGAAGCAUGGCGGUUAGGGAGAGAAGCAUGGCGGUUAGGGAGAGAAGCAUGGCGGUUAGGGGGAGAAGCAUGGCGGUUAGGGGGAGAAGCAUGGCGGUUAGGGGGAGAAGCAUGGCGGUUAGGGGGAGAAGCAUGGCGGUUAGGGGGAGAAGCAUGGCGGCUAACAUGGCGGUUAGGGAGAGAAGCAUGGCGGUUAGGGAGAGAAGCAUGGCGGUUAGGGAGAGAAGCAUGGCGGUUAGGGAGAGAAGCAUGGCGGUUAGGGAGAGAAGCAUGGCGGUUAGGGAGAGAAGCAUGGCGGUUAGGGAGAGAAGCAUGGCGGUUAGGGAGAGAAGCAUGGCGGUUAGGGAGAGAAGCAUGGCGGUUAGGGAGAGAAGCAUGGCGGUUAGGGAGAGAAGCAUGGCGGUUAGGGAGAGAAGCAUGGCGGUUAGGGAGAGAAGCAUGGCGGUUAGGGAGAGAAGCAUGGCGGUUAGGGAGAGAAGCAUGGCGGUUAGGGAGAGAAGCAUGGCGGUUAGGGAGAGAAGCAUGGCGGUUAGGGAGAGAAGCAUGGCGGUUAGGGAGAGAAGCAUGGCGGUUAGGGAGAGAAGCAUGGCGGUUAGGGAGAGAAGCAUGGCGGUUAGGGAGAGAAGCAUGGCGGUUAGGGAGAGAAGCAUGGCGGUUAGGGAGAGAAGCAUGGCGGUUAGGGAGAGAAGCAUGGCGGUUAGGGAGAGAAGCAUGGCGGUUAGGGAGAGAAGCAUGGCGGUUAGGGAGAGAAGCAUGGCGGUUAGGGAGAGAAGCAUGGCGGUUAGGGAGAGAAGCAUGGCGGUUAGGGAGAGAAGCAUGGCGGUUAGGGAGAGAAGCAUGGCGGUUAGGGGGAGAAGCAUGGCGGUUAGGGGGAGAAGCAUGGCGGUUAGGGGGAGAAGCAUGGCGGUUAGGGGGAGAAGCAUGGCGGUUAGGGGGAGAAGCAUGGCAGUUAGGGGGAGAAGCAUGGCGGUUAGGGAGAGAAGCAUGGCGGUUAGGGAGAGAAGCAUGGCGGUUAGGGAGAGAAGCAUGGCGGUUAGGGAGAGAAGCAUGGCGGUUAGGGAGAGAAGCAUGGCGGUUAGGGAGAGAAGCAUGGCGGUUAGGGAGAGAAGCAUGGCGGUUAGGGAGAGAAGCAUGGCGGUUAGGGAGAGAAGCAUGGCGGUUAGGGAGAGAAGCAUGGCGGUUAGGGAGAGAAGCAUGGCGGUUAGGGAGAGAAGCAUGGCGGUUAGGGAGAGAAGCAUGGCGGUUAGGGAGAGAAGCAUGGCGGUUAGGGAGAGAAGCAUGGCGGUUAGGGAGAGAAGCAUGGCGGUUAGGGAGAGAAGCAUGGCGGUUAGGGAGAGAAGCAUGGCGGUUAGGGAGAGAAGCAUGGCGGUUAGGGAGAGAAGCAUGGCGGUUAGGGAGAGAAGCAUGGCGGUUAGGGAGAGAAGCAUGGCGGUUAGGGAGAGAAGCAUGGCGGUUAGGGAGAGAAGCAUGGCGGUUAGGGAGAGAAGCAUGGCGGUUAGGGAGAGAAGCAUGGCGGUUAGGGGGAGAAGCAUGGCGGUUAGGGGGAGAAGCAUGGCGGUUAGGGGGAGAAGCAUGGCGGUUAGGGGGAGUAGCAUGGCGGUUAGGGAGAGAAGCAUGGCGGUUAGGGGGAGAAGCAUGGCGGUUAGGGGGAGAAGCAUGGCGGUUAGGGGGAGAAGCAUGGCGGUUAGGGGGAGAAGCAUGGCGGUUAGGGGGAGAAGCAUGGCGGUUAGGGGGAGAAGCAUGGCGGUUAGGGGGAGAAGCAUGGCGGUUAGGGGGAGAAGCAUGGCGGUUAGGGGGAGAAGCAUGGCGGUUAGGGGGAGAAGCAUGGCGGCUAGGGGGAGAAGCAUGGCGGUUAGGGGGAGAAGCAUGGCGGUUAGGGGGAGAAGCAUGGCGGCUAACAUGGCGGUUAGGGAGAGAAGCAUGGCGGUUAGGGAGAGAAGCAUGGCGGUUAGGGAGAGAAGCAUGGCGGUUAGGGAGAGAAGCAUGGCGGUUAGGGAGAGAAGCAUGGCGGUUAGGGAGAGAAGCAUGGCGGUUAGGGAGAGAAGCAUGGCGGUUAGGGAGAGAAGCAUGGCGGUUAGGGAGAGAAGCAUGGCGGUUAGGGAGAGAAGCAUGGCGGUUAGGGAGAGAAGCAUGGCGGUUAGGGAGAGAAGCAUGGCGGUUAGGGAGAGAAGCAUGGCGGUUAGGGAGAGAAGCAUGGCGGUUAGGGAGAGAAGCAUGGCGGUUAGGGAGAGAAGCAUGGCGGUUAGGGAGAGAAGCAUGGCGGUUAGGGAGAGAAGCAUGGCGGUUAGGGAGAGAAGCAUGGCGGUUAGGGAGAGAAGCAUGGCGGUUAGGGAGAGAAGCAUGGCGGUUAGGGAGAGAAGCAUGGCGGUUAGGGAGAGAAGCAUGGCGGUUAGGGAGAGAAGCAUGGCGGUUAGGGAGAGAAGCAUGGCGGUUAGGGAGAGAAGCAUGGCGGUUAGGGAGAGAAGCAUGGCGGUUAGGGAGAGAAGCAUGGCGGUUAGGGAGAGAAGCAUGGCGGUUAGGGAGAGAAGCAUGGCGGUUAGGGAGAGAAGCAUGGCGGUUAGGGAGAGAAGCAUGGCGGUUAGGGAGAGAAGCAUGGCGGUUAGGGAGAGAAGCAUGGCGGUUAGGGAGAGAAGCAUGGCGGUUAGGGAGAGAAGCAUGGCGGUUAGGGAGAGAAGCAUGGCGGUUAGGGAGAGAAGCAUGGCGGUUAGGGAGAGAAGCAUGGCGGUUAGGGAGAGAAGCAUGGCGGUUAGGGAGAGAAGCAUGGCGGUUAGGGAGAGAAGCAUGGCGGUUAGGGAGAGAAGCAUGGCGGUUAGGGAGAGAAGCAUGGCGGUUAGGGAGAGAAGCAUGGCGGUUAGGGAGAGAAGCAUGGCGGUUAGGGAGAGAAGCAUGGCGGUUAGGGAGAGAAGCAUGGCGGUUAGGGAGAGAAGCAUGGCGGUUAGGGAGAGAAGCAUGGCGGUUAGGGAGAGAAGCAUGGCGUUAGGGGGAGAAGCAUGGCGCAUGGCGGUUAGGGGGAGAAGCAUGGCGGUUAGGGGGAGAAGCAUGGCGGUUAGGGGGAGAAGCAUGGCGGUUAGAGGGAGAAGCAUGGCGGUUAGGGAGAGAAGCAUGGCGGUUAGGGAGAGAAGCAUGGCGGUUAGGGGGAGAAGCAUGGCGGUUAGGGGGAGAAGCAUGGCGGUUAGGGGGAGAAGCAUGGCGGUUAGGGGGAGUAGCAUGGCGGUUAGGGAGAGAAGCAUGGCGGUUAGGGAGAGAAGCAUGGCGGUUAGGGAGAGAAGCAUGGCGGUUAGGGAGAGAAGCAUGGCGGUUAGGGAGAGAAGCAUGGCGGUUAGGGAGAGAAGCAUGGCGGUUAGGGAGAGAAGCAUGGCGGUUAGGGAGAGAAGCAUGGCGGUUAGGGAGAGAAGCAUGGCGGUUAGGGAGAGAAGCAUGGCGGUUAGGGAGAGAAGCAUGGCGGUUAGGGAGAGAAGCAUGGCGGUUAGGGAGAGAAGCAUGGCGGUUAGGGAGAGAAGCAUGGCGGUUAGGGAGAGAAGCAUGGCGGUUAGGGAGAGAAGCAUGGCGGUUAGGGAGAGAAGCAUGGCGGUUAGGGAGAGAAGCAUGGCGGUUAGGGAGAGAAGCAUGGCGGUUAGGGAGAGAAGCAUGGCGGUUAGGGAGAGAAGCAUGGCGGUUAGGGAGAGAAGCAUGGCGGUUAGGGGGAGAAGCAUGGCGGUUAGGGGGAGAAGCAUGGCGGGGAGAAGCAUGGCGGUUAGGGGGAAAAGCAUGGCGGUUAGGGAGAGAAGCAUGGCGGUUAGGGAGAGAAGCAUGGCGGUUAGGGAGAGAAGCAUGGCGGUUAGGGAGAGAAGCAUGGCGGUUAGGGAGAGAAGCAUGGCGGUUAGGGAGAGAAGCAUGGCGGUUAGGGAGAGAAGCAUGGCGGUUAGGGAGAGAAGCAUGGCGGUUAGGGAGAGAAGCAUGGCGGUUAGGGAGAGAAGCAUGGCGGUUAGGGAGAGAAGCAUGGCGGUUAGGGAGAGAAGCAUGGCGGUUAGGGAGAGAAGCAUGGCGGUUAGGGAGAGAAGCAUGGCGGUUAGGGAGAGAAGCAUGGCGGAGAGAAGCAUGGCGGUUAGGGAGAGAAGCAUGGCGGUUAGGGAGAGAAGCAUGGCGGUUAGGGAGAGAAGCAUGGCGGUUAGGGAGAGAAGCAUGGCGUUAGGGGGAGAAGCAUGGCGGUUAGGGGGAGAAGCAUGGCGGUUAGGGGGAGAAGCAUGGCGGUUAGGGGGAGAAGCAUGGCGGUUAGGGAGGAAAGCAUGGCGGUUAGGGAGAGAAGCAUGGCGGUUAGGGAGAGAAGCAUGGCGGUUAGAGGAGAGAAGCAUGGCGGUUAGGGAGAGAAGCAUGGCGGUUAGGGAGAGAAGCAUGGCGGUUAGGGAGAGAAGCAUGGCGGUUAGGGAGAGAAGCAUGGCGGUUAGGGAGAGAAGCAUGGCGGUUAGGGAGAGAAGCAUGGCGGUUAGGGAGAGAAGCAUGGCGGUUAGGGAGAGAAGCAUGGCGGUUAGGGAGAGAAGCAUGGCGGUUAGGGAGAGAAGCAUGGCGGUUAGGGAGAGAAGCAUGGCGGUUAGGGAGAGAAGCAUGGCGGUUAGGGAGAGAAGCAUGGCGGUUAGGGAGAGAAGCAUGGCGGUUAGGGAGAGAAGCAUGGCGGUUAGGGAGAGAAGCAUGGCGGUUAGGGAGAGAAGCAUGGCGGUUAGGGAGAGAAGCAUGGCGGUUAGGGAGAGAAGCAUGGCGGUUAGGGAGAGAAGCAUGGCGGUUAGGGAGAGAAGCAUGGCGGUUAGGGAGAGAAGCAUGGCGGUUAGGGAGAGAAGCAUGGCGGUUAGGGAGAGAAGCAUGGCGGUUAGGGAGAGAAGCAUGGCGGUUAGGGGGAGAAGCAUGGCGGUUUAG